CCAGAAGCCGGAGCCGGGCGGUGGAUCUUGACGCGCAGCCAUGGUCUGGAAGAAACUGGGCUCCGGCAACUUCUCCAGCUGCCCCAACGGCUCCCUCGAGUGGAUAUGGGACGUGUUUGGGGAAUGCGCCCAGGACGGCUGGGAUGAGGCCAGCGUGGGCCUGGGCCUGAUCUCCAUUCUCUGUUUUGCGGCAUCCACUUUCCCCCAGUACAUCAAGGCCUGCAAGACAGGCAACAUGGACCAGGCGCUCUCUCUGUGGUUCCUGCUGGGCUGGAUUGGCGGAGACUCCUGUAACCUCAUCGGCUCCUUCCUCGCCGACCAGCUGCCCCUGCAGACCUACACGGCGAUAUAUUACGUCCUGGCGGACCUGCUGAUGCUGUCGCUGUACUUUCACUACAAAUUUAAGAAACGCCCCUCGCUCUUGUCUACCCCCAUCAAUUGUCUGCUGCUGUUCACCCUGGCAAUGGUGUGUACCUCCCCGCUGCUGAAGGGCGCUGGCCCUGCGACUGCGCCGAGCAAGGUCUUCCGGGGCCGGACGCUCCUGUCCGUGGAGCCAGGCAGUAAGCCCUUCACUCGGCAGGAAAUCAUCGGCUUCGUCAUCGGCUCCAUCUCCAGCGUUCUCUACCUGUUCUCCCGGCUGCCUCAGAUCUGCACGAACUUCCUGAGGAAGUCGACCCAGGGCGUCUCCUAUUCGCUGUUUGCAUUGGUGAUGCUGGGGAACACGCUCUACGGGCUGAGUGUGCUGCUCAAGAACCCCGAGGUGGGUCAGAGUGAGGGCAGCUACCUGCUGCACCACCUGCCCUGGCUCGUGGGCAGCCUGGGCGUGCUGCUGCUGGACACCAUCAUCUCCAUACAGUUCCUGAUGUACAGGAACGCUGCCACCUCGGCAGAGCGCCAGCCCCUGCUCCACAGCUGACAGGGCCCCAGGCCGCACCCCGGACGAACCAGGACCUCCAGAUGCCACACCCAGGAAGGGACAGCUGUGGGCAGACACGGUGCUGCCGACCCUGGACUGGACCGUGGAGGAAGCCCAGGGGGCCUUGACCUCCCCGCCCAGCUGCCUCCCUACCUGCCUCCGAAACCCCUUGGCUGACUCUCCCCGGAGCCCUGACCCACCGACUUCAGGGAGUGGGGAGUGAGAGGGGCGCCAGGGCCAGCCCCCCACCCUCUUGGGACACACGCUAGCGUCUGAGGCCUCUGUCCCUGGGAGCCUCAAGGAGGGCCUGCAGCUGAGACCUCGGCCUCUCAGAAGACAUCAGCUCCCCUCCCUCCAUGUGCCCGCCCCCCGCCCCCACUCCAGAGCGGGACGCAGGUGCAGCCGGGUGCACCUGGGGCCUUCCUCGUGACUCCGAACAGCCUGGAAAUGGUACCUCCCGGCGAGACCUUUUUCUGUCCUCAUUCCCGAGGUGCUGGGGUCUGGGCUGCUCUGGGCGACAGCAGUGGAUGGGGAUCCGGGCCCCAGGCGGGGACCGAAAGGUCGGGGGAUAUGGCAGAGCCGAGCAGGAGCAUCCUGGGGACCUCUGUUUUUCUCACCUGCUUCUCAUGGAGAGAGGACACAGCAGCGAGGAUGACGCUCUGACAGGCUCCCGGCCCCUCUGUGCUCAGGAAGAAGCAGAAAAGUUAAGGUUCAGAUCUUGGUUCUGCAUCUUAAGCUUGUCUGCGCCUCAGUUACCUCAUCUGUGAAAUGGGACGACAUUACUAUUUCGUAUUUCCUUCCAGGAUGGUGUAAUUAAUGGAGGUUAAGUCUGGCAUGUGGUAAGAGAAUAAUAAAGGUUAACUUUGGUAAUUUUCA